CGCCGGGCAAUCCCCUGCUCAUGAGGCGCACUCGCUCUCCGCCGCCCUCCCUGGUCGGGCUGCUGCUGCUGCUCCUGCUGUCGGUGGCCCUGGCCGGCGUGGUGGCCGCCACGCCCGCCCGCCCCGGCCGCGAUGCCGUCGCCAUGGCGGCCACCUGCGAGCCCGGGUACUACCUCGGCGCGCAGGACACCUGCCUCCUGUGCGACCCCUCGUGCGCCACCUGCUCCGGGCCGGACGUCUGCGAUACCUGCCGCACGGGCAUGGUCUUCAUGUCGAUGGACGCCUCGGAGCCCAGCCGCUGCACGGUCCGGUGCCCCCCGGGACAGGUCGCCCUGCAGUCCGGCCGGUGUGGCCCCUGCAGCGCGUCCUGCUCCAUGUGCGAUGUCCUGCCGAGCCAGUGCACCGUCUGCGCGCCGGAGUACGGCUGGAGCAAUGGCAAUGCCCCGCCGGUCGGCUCGCAGAACUCCUGCAUCCCCUGCCCGGCAAACUGCCUGACCUGCUCCGGCACGCACACGUCCAACCGGUGCUUCACCUGCAACCUCGGGUAUGUCCUCUCGCCGCAGGGGACCUGCGUGGCCAGCUGCCCGGACGGCACCGGGCCGGAUGCCGACCGGUUUUGCCGGCCCUGCCACGGGUCGUGCGCCACCUGCAAGGGCCCGGCCGCGAACCAGUGCACCUCCUGCCCCCAGGGCAUGAGCCUGAGCCCGGGGGCCGAUUCGACCGGCACCUGCACCUCCAGCUGUGCCCCCGGCACCUACUUCGAUGUCGGGGCCUCGGCCUGUCAGCCCUGCCACGAGUCCUGCGGCUCCUGCUUCGGGCCCGACAGGACCCACUGCCUCGCCUGCCUGGACAAGCGCUUCCUCAAGCGGGGCCAGUGUGUGACUUCCUGCGGCUCCGGCCACUACCUUCGGGAUCUCGCCUGCCACCCGUGCAAUCCCUCCUGCAGGUCCUGCGCCGGGCCCCUCUUCACCGACUGCGUCGGCCUCUGUCCGGACUGGAUGUUCUCCAUGCCGGCGGUGGACUCCCCCAAGACCUGUGUUCCCGGCUGCGGCAUCGACACCGGGCGCAUCAAUGGCUUCAACUGCACCCGGUGCGGUGUCAUGUGCGCCGAAUGCGCCGCCAGCGCCGACCCCAUGGGCAACAUCCAGACCCGGUGCACCCUCUGCGAGGAGGGCUUCAAUGUCGACCCGACCGGCAGCUGUGUCACCACCUGCCCCGAGGGCAGCAGCCGCGUGGGCAACAUGUGCCACCAGUGUGCCUCCGGCUGCGAGGUCUGCCUCGACAGCGGGUUCUCCGGCUGCCUGGCCUGCCGCCAGGACUUGCCGCUGACCUUCAACGGGGCAUGCUAUGCCACCUGCCCGGAUGGCACCUUCCAGUCGGAGCAGACGUGCGUCCGGUGCGACUCCGCCUGCGCCAAGUGCACCGACGGCGCCGACUAUUGCACCCAGUGCCCGGCCGGUCGCUUCCUCAUGCCGGAUGGCACGUGCGUGGGCGCCUGCCCGGCUGGCCACUUUGCCCGGAGCGCCGAGUCCGGCGGCCACAUUUGCCAGCCCUGUGACAGCUCCUGCGUCGAGUGCGAUGCCGCCGACUCCUGCACCGUCUGCCAGCCCGGGGACAAGCUCCACAAGGGCCGGUGCCUUGACGCCUGCCCGGCGGGGUCGCUUGCCUGCUCGCAGUCGCCCACGUGCAUUUCCUGCCCGGCCGGCUGCCAGCAGUGCGAGCUGGCGGUCGACACGGCGUCCGCCUGCUCGGCCAUCUGUGUCCAGUGCAGCGGCGACCUGUACCUGACCACCGGCAAGGAGGCCUGCGUGGAGCAGUGCCCCCACGGCUCGGUGGCCCUGGCCGGGUCGUUCUACUGCGAUGCCUGUGACAGCCACUGCCAGACAUGCCGCGACAGCACCAGCCAGUGCACCUCCUGCGCCGACCCGACGGCGUGGCUGCGCCAGGACACCGGCGCCUGCGUCGGCGCCUGCCCCUCCAUCGGCAUGGUCCCGGUGGAGUUCCCCGGCGCCGCGUUCCCGGACCCGGCCCGCGUGUGCCUCUCCUGCCCGGUGGAUUGCGACGCGUGCGCUGCCCCGAAGGGUGCUCCGGAAAAGUGCGAGCUCCAGGACGACCGGACGCUGGACUGCCCGACGGUCUUUGCCUGCGAGCGGUGCACCGGGCCCCUGCUGCUGGUCUCCCCGCUCGAGUGCUCGGCCGACUGCCCGGAUGGCACCUUCGCCGACCCGGAUGCCGAGCAUGGCCCGGUGCCCGCGUGCGUCUCCUGCCCCGAGGGCUGCCUCGAGUGCACCAGCCUCGACAACUGCACGGUCAAGUCCUCCAACAACCGCGCGCUCGCCAUCGGUCUUGGCGUGGGCCUUUCGCUCUUGGUUCUUCUGAUUGUCGCCGGUGUGGUGGCCAUCGUCAUGCUGCGCAAGCGCUCCUCCUCCGGCAGCAAGGACGCCAUGCCCAUGAACUCCCUCCAUGGCUAAAGCCGCAUGUCGGCCCCCACUCGCUCGCUGUAUGCUUCUCUCUCGGCCCUCCUCCGCAACGCUGUGCGCCACUGUCCACCGACCUCCCUCGUGUAGAGGCGCCCCUGCGUGGCGGAAGAAUACACACCGGGGCACCUUUCGCUUGUCCAUGUGUGCUCCUGUG